GCACAUGCACAUGGGGCAGGUGGAGAAGGGCCCCCUGACGGCGGAGGGAUCCUCCCUGCAGAUCAAGUGCAAGAACUUCAUGUGUAUCACUCUGGUCAUCCCCCGGGAGAGGGACUGUCAGGACAUUUAUCUCUCCCUGCUAGAGUUCUCCCGGCCAGCUGAGAUCAACAAACUGUACGCCUUUGACUUCAUCUUCAAUGAGCACCCGGACAAGUCCCAUGGCUGGGACGCCUUUGACCUCCAGUCCGAGUUCCUCAGGAUGGGGGCGCCCAACGAGAACUGGAUGAUCACCAACCUUAAUCAAAAAUACGAGCUGUGUGACACCUACCCCAGCCUGCUGUACGUGCCGUCGUCUGGUACCACGCACGUCCUUGUGGGGAGUUCAAAGUUCAGGAGCAGGGGAAGACUACCCGUCCUGUCGUACCUGCAUUCAGAGAACCAGGCCGCGCUAACGCGCUGCAGCCAACCGCUGUCCGGGUUCUCAGCGCGCUGUGUGGAGGACGAGCAAAUGUUGCAGGCCAUCCUUCGCUCCAACCCCAAGUCAGAGUUUAUGUACGUGGUGGACACCAGGCCUAAGAUCAAUGCUAUGGUCAACAAGGCCCAGGGCAAAGGUUACGAGAAUGAAAACUUCUACAGCAACAUGAAGUUUCAGUUCCUGGGCAUUGAAAACAUUCACGUGAUGAGGACAAGUUUGGGCAAACUCUUGGAGAUCUCUGAACUGAAGAAGCCUUCAAUGAAUGACUUCCUGUCUAGACUGGAGUCCUGUGGUUGGUUGAAACAUAUUGGUGCCAUUAUUGAAACUUCUGCUUUCAUUGCUAAGGCCAUAUCAGACGGCAUCAGUGUGUUGGUCCACUGCUCUGACGGCUGGGACAGGACGGCCCAAACGUGUUCCCUGGCUGGUCUCAUGUUGGACCCCUACUACAGGACCCUGCAAGGGUUUCAGGCGCUGAUAGAAAAAGAGUGGCUGUCAUUUGGCCACAAGUUCACUGACCGCUGCGGUCUGCUGGAGAGCGUGGACACCAAGGAGACGUCCCCCGUGUUCACACAGUUCCUGGAGUGCGUCUGGCAGAUGAUGCAACAGUUCCCCUGCGCCUUCCAGUUCAAUGAGAGGUUCCUCCUCACCAUCCACGACCACGCCUACUCCUGCCAGUUUGGAACUUUCAUUGGCAACUGUGAGAAGGACAGGCUGGACCUGAGAUUGUCUGAGAAAACGUAUUCCCUGUGGGCCUAUCUAAAACACCAUUCUUCUGAGUUUAUCAGCCCUCUGUACAAGAAAACUUAUGAAAUCCGACGUCCUGUCAUUAUACCCACAUCAUCCCCUCAAGCUCUCAAAUACUGGAAGGGCAUGUACAACAGGUUUGACAGUGGACUACACCCACGUGAAAAUGUCACAGAUAUCGUAUCUGCUGCCAAGGAUCAUAGCACCUCUCUUGAAGAUCAUGUUUUGUUGUUGGAAAAGAGAGUGACCCAAAUUUGUAAACUUCUUGGCAAGUCGGAUGAGAUAAUCCAGCGUAAACUUCAGGGUUAUCUAUCCAUGGAUUCCAUCGACGGAUUCCUCAGUGGCCACAUAGGUGACGGCCCCGCCCACUCCAAGUCUCCGCCCCUGACUGACAACUUCCACAAGGCCAGCCCCGACUCUGAUCUCACCAUCAACGGGAAAUACCCGCACUUAGACAAUGCUGCUGUCAAUCAUCUGAAGAGUGACACAGAGUCUGGGUUUGACGAGUCCAGCUCGCAGAUGUCAAGGUCGGGGAUUGACGACGGAGUGUACGUUGGGAUGGAGGCCUCGGGGAUGGUCAGGUCCCCGAGCUCCGACCAGCUGUCUGUAGAUCAGCUGAUUGCUGAGCUUAAGACGGUCGCCAUUGGAUGGAAGUCUUUCAGAAACGUCAACAGCUGUGCCUGUGCCACGCCCUUUGAUUACUAUGUGAAAAAGUUCCACUGCUGGAAGUGCGGGGAUGUCUUCUGCACACGCUGCAUCGCCCGCAACAUCCCCCUGCCUGGCCACUACCACAGACGACCUGUCCCAGUUUGCAAGCCCUGCUACAAGGAGGUCAGGAGGUCACCCAGCACAGAGUUCCCACUCAGUUGACCGUAGGAUGCUCUAACAAGUAUUCCACUACUUGAGCCGUUUGUCCAGUUUAUUCCUAGAUGAUUUCAUCCAAUCAUGUUAAACCAUUUAGCAUUUGAAUUCUGGUGUGAAAGCUUCCUGUUUGACCCCUGCUUGGUUUGUCAUAGAGCUAAAAAAAAAAUCUUUUAAUCAACAUCAUACAAAGUUGUGUAUGUUUCCUAACAAUUUUUUAAUGUUACUAGAAGUUGCUUCCUAUUUGUGACCCUUCCAUUACAAUUUUGAGUCAUUUUACACCUCUGGGUAACUGAGAUAUUAAGUUAGGCUUAAAGUGUUUUUGAUGCUCAUUUCAAAUAGUCUUUCUCGUGGUCAAUGGUUUAGGUAUGGAGAGUGUUAGGGAUCGAUUUUAAAAUCAUUAUUUGAUAUAAUUAUACAUAUGUAGGAGUCAAUAGAAACAAAUUAUUGGCCCCAUUGCCUCAUCUAUUGAUAAUCUGAACUGUUUGGUAUAAAUAAUAAAGUUCUUGGGUGUUGAUUAUAAAAUUAUUCAUAUAAACAUAAAAAGUAAAACAAAAUCCCAAAAUUAAUAUCAGUAGGCCUGCUGUACAUCUUCUCCAAAUAUUUCUGUCUUGAUCUCAAAGUAGACGCAGGUGUCAAAUGACUGAGGAAGAUGGUCACACUUCAUUCUUGUGUUUUUUCACUGGCCAGUGGUUUUUUUAAUUGCAAAAAUAAUUCUGUGGCUUCAUGCAACAUGCAGGAGACUCACCAUUUUGAGUGGGGAAAGGUUCAUUAGCUAAUGCAAGUAUCUGUGUUCAUAUGAUCUAGCUAUUAUUAACAUCACAAUGUAAAUUUAUUGGCUGUAAUUUUUUAAAUGAAUAUUUUCCAUGUAUUUUCUUCCGUUUCUACUUUUAGUAAAUGUAACUAAAUUGUGGAAAAUACUUUGGUUAUUUUGACAUAAUUACUAAAAAAAAAAAUUGACUUUUCAUUUGUUAGGUUGUAAUUAGUGCUGAGUAAAUUGUGAUUUUUAUAUAAGGUUUACUUUGAAGUUAUUAAUGUAUCACUCAAAAAGAAAUUUUCUAUUAUUUAAUUAUAAGGUCUUGUGAAGAGACAGUUAUAAAUGCAUGAGGGGGGGGGGGGUGCAUUCUUAGAACCUCCCACCUACUGUUACAUGCAAAGUGUACAUUUUUUCAAUGAUGUUACUUGCACACGAACCUACCACAAGUGAGCUCAUACACGCCCUGAGUAGUUAUUUGAAUAUUUUACUUAGAGAUACAUUUAGACUGAUAUACUCGCUGGUUUACUUGUUUUUGAUAAGUGACUAGUGAUACAAAACAUUAUUGGGACAAAGUUUUGUUGCAGGAAAAUUUAAAAAAUAACUGCUCACAUAAUAAAUAAUUGUAUUAACAAAAUAUUUUGCAUGACUGGUUAGUAUUAUACACAUAUUUAAGUUACUGCUAAAAUAAUUUAAAAUAUUGAACUACAAUACUGAUAACAAUUUUGUCAUUGGGUUGAAAAUAAUGUGUUAAAUUAAGUGUAGUCUAAGAUAUAGGCCUACACCUCCCAAUGACUUGUAACUCUUCAUUGGGUGGAGGUACAUAUUUUAAUAGUUUUUAAUCUAAAUGAUGUCACAAAUCUUUUUUUUUUAUGACUAAACCAAACAUUCAUUUUGUAUACACCCUCUGCAAUAUACAUUUCCUGAACAUAUUCAGUUUAAAUUAAUUGUGAUUUAUAAUGUGUUUUUUUUUAACAUUUUGCUGAAGGCAAAUCUUUUUUUUUAAAUAAUGUGAAGGGAUAUUCUCUGUGCUUGAUAAACCAAAACAAAAAAUAAUGAUGUGAUUUUUUUUUUUAAUUGAGAGAUUUAAAAAGAAGAAAAAAAUUGUGAGGUGAUUUUACAUUGAAGAUCUAGAGAAAAAAAAAUGCUCAUUCCAAUUUUUGUUAUUUUUAAACCCUCAGAGGUUUGAGUAAACCACAGUCUUUGCUUUUAUACUUCGUUGGUUUUAAUUUUUUAAAUACUCCUGACCUUAAUUAAUUACACAGGAGGUUGUCAUGUGUGAGACUUAAUUAAAAUCAGCAUUGGUCGUUUGUUGAUCAACUCUAGAGAGAGUGUGUGAAAAGUGUGAGAUGUGGAUUCUACCUUUGUUAUAAUGUGUGCAAUAUUCACAAACAUUUUAAUUUUAUAAGGUCUGCUACUUUUAUAAAAACUGAUUUAGUGACUUUUUUUUUCUUUAUUCUGCAUAUUUCUUUUUUCUAAAAUUUAAAAAUGAUUGUGAGUAUUGAGCGUUGCAGGUUUAUUUUUUUUAAUUUUGUAAAAUUGAUGAAAGAUAAUUAAAAUACCAUCUUUUUUUUUAAUGAAAAGAUGUAUUCACUUAUUAUUUAAAUGGCUCAUGAAAAAUAAUGACUUUUUUAUGUACAUUUAUAAAUAAAGUUUCUAAUGUAAGGUGGGUUUUUUAUUUGCUGAUUUUUUUUUUCCUGACAAGAAUAAAAACAUUCCACUUAAAAGGUGUAGUGUAAGAGAGACUGUUUUUUUUUCAGCGUGUGUGUAUAAUCCUGUAGGAACAUAAUGGAUUGAUUACCAUUUAUUCCAUUUUUAAAAAAACAUUUUUUGUAAGGCACCAUGCAUUUUUUAUAAUUCUGUUGCAGAAUUUUUGUGUUGAUAUUUAUUAAUUAAUUAAUUAAAGAAGUUACUGUUAAUUGUAUGUUUCUGUACUUAUUCAUUGUAAAAAAAAGUGUAAAUUCUUAAUGAUAUGGCUGUCAUAGCAUUAAUACAAUACAUUUGUUAUUGUCAAUUUGCUCACACCACAAAAUGUUAAGCAAUGAUACGAGCUAUUAAUCAUUUAGUUGUUGAUGAACGAGGAUGACAUUUAUUUACCUGUAAAAUCUUGCAGAAUGUUGCCCGUAUGAUGACCAUUUAUUUACCUAUAGAAGCUUGAAGAAUGUGACUAAAUGGAUAAUGACCAUUUAUUUAAUUGUAAAAGCUUGAAAUGUUACCAGUAUGAUGACCAUUUAUUUACCUAUAGAAGCUUGAAGAAUGUGACUAAAUGGAUAAUGACCAUUUAUUUAAUUGUAAAAGCUUGAAAUGUUACCAGUAUGAUGACGAUUUUUUUUACCUAUAGAAGCUUGAAGAAUGUGACUAAAUGGAUGAUACCCAUUUAUUUACCUGUAAAAGCUUGAAGAAUGUUGCCAGGAUUAUGACCAUUUACCUGAAAAGCUUGAAGAAUGUGACUAAAUGGAUGAUACCCAUUUAUUUACCUGUAAAAUCUUGAAGAAUAUGACUAAAUGGAUGAUGACCUUUUAUUUACCUGUAAAAAGCUUGAAGAAUGUUACCAGGAGGAUAAUGACCCUUUACCUGUUGAGGCCUCAAGAUAACUGUACCAUGGAAAUGGAUGAGUAAGGUCAACCAACUUUCCAUUUUUUUUACUGUAGUUAUCUGCAAACUUCUCUCUGUGUCAUUCAAUGUGAUCAUGCCCUACCUGGAUGCUGUGAAUGUCGUAUUAUUUGGUUUCGUUUUUACUUUUGUUUUAUUUACUUUAGUUACUAAUCAAAACAAGAUAUGUGCUAUAUUUUUCUUCCAUGUCUGAAGUAAUUUUGGUAGCACAUUUUAAUUACAUUUGGUUAUGGUUUAAAUGUUUUCCUAGCAGUAAGUAUUACAUUACAAAAAUAUAUUGAUUUUGAAAACAUACUGAUUAUUAAAAAAAAACUACAUUGCUAACAGCAAUAAAUGUAUGUAUUGUGUUGGUUUUAAGACCUAUUUUUAUUUUAUUAAUUUAAAAAAUAAUCAUAUAUACACUAUUCUGAUUAAAACUGAAGAAAAAAACAUUUGUAUUAAAAAGGAGCGUACAUUUCAGAAGUACAAAUGUAUGUUGAUUAUUUUUCAGCUUGAAACAUGUAUACUAUUUACUAAUGAAAAUUAUUUGUAAGAUAUUAUUAGUUAGUUUUUGUUGAGCUUUAUCUGGCCAAUGAAACCUGCUUCAUUUUUAUAUGUGCUGCCAUAUUUAAUUUAUUUUAUAGACAAUUAGAAAUUUUAAUCUGUAUUAUUUUUUUCAAAACUGAAUGCUAACCUUCACAAUUUCAAUCUAUUCAUCUUGUAAAAUAGAAAUUUGUAAAGCAAUACUGAAGAUAUGUCCUAAGAUUCUUUUUUACUUUUUGUAAUUUGAAGUUUUCAUUAGGAGCUUUAAAAAAUAGUAUUAAUGUCAAUAGAUAUCAAUCAAAUGUCUUAAAUAAUGAAAAGGAAAUGUGUUGUCUAUUUUUGUUCAUUAUUUUAUUAAGCUUAUACUAGUAGUAGGCUUAUUUGUUGAUACAUUGUUGAUUAUUUACAUUUAAGUUUGUAAUUAGUAAUUAUUUUAUGGGUUUUAUCUAAAGGGAAAUUUUUUUUUAUACUUUUAAUGUGCUUCAAAUGUAUACUUGUUUCAAAUGCCUGUUUACUGUGAGAAUGAAAGAUUUUCAAAAAUAUGAAUGAGCUGCAAGAAAAUAUUAUGAAUUAAAAUAAUUUUACUCUUUAGAUUCUAAUGUUUAAAAUGCUAGAUAUUAAUAAACAUAGAUUGGACAAUAACUUUGUUUGCAUUUUUCACUUGAUAAAUAAUGGUAAAUGCUACUAAAUAGAUACUGUUGUUUAUAGAUGUAAAUUCAUGAGCACUUAGGUUAAAUAUUUGUUACUAGGUUUGUUAGGUUUAUUGGUAAUUUCUUUCAUGACUAGCAAGUGGCAAUAAA